ACCUCAUCUGGGGACCGGGCAAGAAGGGGGGGCAGGGCCGCCGCUGCUCCCCGCCCCCUCCUCCUUUGGCCUCUGGAGCGAUUUGUCAAACUUCCCAUUCCGCCGGCAGCGCGGUCCUCCCUCCCCACCCCCCCUGUGCUCCUCCCUCCCGAGCCUCCCGCGCCCGCCCUCCUUCUUCCCUCCGCACGUUCGGGAUCGCGGUGGAGCGCAGAGAGGGGGGGACACUGAGAGCCUGGGCGCAGCAGCAUCCUGCGGGCGGCCCUCUCUGGGGGGGAGGCUGAGAGCCAGCCCGCCUGGCCCCCCCUCGGGCCCGCCGCCCCUCCCUCCUGCUCCUCAGCCCGGCAGCGGCGGUGCGGCGGCAGUGGCAGUCGCCGGAGGAGCAUCAUGCCGAGGAGGAAGCAGCAGGCGCCCCGGCGCGCAGCAGCCUAUGUGUCCGACGAGCUCAAGGCUGCCGCCCUGGUGGAGGAAGAGCUGGACCCCGAGGGGAGCCCGGCAGAUGGGGAGCCCUCGGCCAAGUACGCAUGCCCCGAGAAGGAGCUCAGCAAGCCCUGCGCCAGCUACCAGAACUCGCCGGCCGCCGAGUUCUCCAGCCACGACAUGGACAGCGAGUCCCACAUCAGCGAGGCCAGCGACCGCAUGGCCGACUUCGAAAGCGCCUCCAUCAAGAACGAGGAGGAGACCAAGGAGGGGGUGGCGGCGCUGGAGGAGACCUCUGUGUCGGACAGCCUGGAGCAGAUGAAGGCCGUGUACAACAACUUCCUGUCCAAUUCCUACUGGUCCACCCUCAGCCUCAACCUGCACCAGCCGUCCUCGGAGAAGAACCCGGGCAGCAGCAGCAGCAGCAGCAGCAGUAGCAGCAGCUGCGGCAGCGGCAGCUUCGACUGGCACCAGAGCGCCAUGGCCAAGACGCUGCAGCAGGUGUCGCCGAGCCGCGCGUUGCCCGAACCCAGCCUCUUCAGCACCGUGCAGCUGUACCGGCAGAGCAGCAAGCUCUACGGCUCCAUCUUCACGGGCGCCAGCAAGUUCCGCUGCAGGGACUGCAGCGCCGCCUACGACACGCUGGUGGAGCUGACCGUGCACAUGAACGAGACGGGCCACUACCGCGACGACAACCACGAGGCGGACAACAACAACCCCAAGCGCUGGUCCAAGCCGCGCAAGCGCUCGCUGCUGGAGAUGGAGGGGAAGGAGGACGCCCAGAAGGUGCUCAAGUGCAUGUACUGCGGCCACUCGUUCGAGUCCCUGCAGGACUUGAGCGUCCACAUGAUCAAAACGAAACACUACCAAAAAGUGCCUCUGAAGGAGCCCGUCACGCCUGUUGCGGCCAAAAUCCUCCCCGCUGCUCGGAAGAAGGCGCCCGCGGAGCUGGAGCUGCCCAGCUCGCCGGACUCCACGGGAGGGACCCCCAAGGCCGCGCUGGCUGACACGAACGACGUGCUGCAGAAGAACGCCAACCCCUACAUCACGCCCAACAACCGCUACGGCCACCAGAACGGGGCCAGCUACGCCUGGCACUUCGAGGCCCGCAAGUCCCAGAUCCUCAAGUGCAUGGAGUGCGGCAGCUCCCACGACUCCCUGCAGGAGCUCACCGCCCACAUGAUGGUCACCGGCCACUUCAUCAAGGUCACCAACUCGGCCAUGAAGAAGGGGAAGCCCAUCAUGGAGACGCCCGUCACGCCCACCGUCACCACGCUGCUGGACGAGAAGGUGCAGUCCGUGCCCCUGGCCGCCACCACCUUCACAUCCCCCUCCCACACGCCGGCCAGCGUCUCCCCCAAACUGACCGUAGAGGUCAAGAAGGAAGUGGACAAGGAGAAAGCCGUCCCCGACGAGAAACCGAAGGACAAGGAGAAGCCCUGCGAAGAGGAAGAGAAGUAUGACAUCUCCUCCAAGUACCACUAUUUGACGGAAAAUGACUUGGAGGAGAGUCCCAAGGGGGGCCUGGACAUCCUCAAGUCUCUCGAGAACACCGUGACGUCCGCCAUCAACAAGGCCCAGAACGGCACCCCCAGCUGGGGCGGCUACCCCAGCAUCCACGCCGCCUACCAGCUCCCCAACAUGAUGAAGCUGUCCUUGGGCUCGUCGGGGAAGAGCGCGCCCCUGAAACCCAUGUUCGGCAACAGCGAGAUCCUGUCCCCUGCAAAGAGCCAGACCCUGGUCUCCCCACCCAGCAGCCAGACCUCGCCCAUGCCCAAGACCAACUUCCACGCCAUGGAGGAGCUGGUGAAAAAGGUCACUGAGAAAGUGGCCAAGGUCGAGGAGAAGAUGAAGGAGCCAGAGGGCAAGCUCUCUCCACCCAAGCGGGCCACCCCGUCCCCCUGCGGCAGCGACGCCAGCGAGCCCGUCAAGAUGGAGGCCUCUGGCGACGGAGGCUUCCGCAGCCAGGAGCACAGCCCCAGUCCCCUGCGCGAAGGCGACAAGGAGGGGAGCCCCCCAGCGGAGCCUGUGGAGAACGGCCAGGAGCCGGGCAAGCCCGUGGCCGGCAGCCUGAGCAGCACGGCCAUCAUCACUGACCACCCACCCGAGCAGCCGUUCGUGAACCCCCUGAGCGCCCUGCAGUCCGUCAUGAACAUCCACCUGGGCAAGGCCGCCAAGCCCUCCCUGCCGGCCCUGGACCCCAUGAGCAUGCUCUUCAAGAUGAGCAACAGCCUGGCCGAGAAGGCGGCUGUGGCCACGCCCCCUCCCCUGCCCGCCAAGAAGGCGGACCCCCUGGACCGCUAUUUCUACCACGCCAGCAACGACCAGCCCAUCGACCUGACGAAAGGGAAGAGUGACAAAGGCUGCUCGCUGGGCUCGGUGCUUCUGUCCCCCACGUCCACGUCCCCGGCCACCUCCUCAUCCACCGUGACGACGGCGAAGACAUCCGCCGUCGUGUCCUUCAUGUCGAGCUCGCCGCUGCGCGAGAACGCCCUGUCGGACAUCUCCGACAUGCUGAAGAACCUGACGGAGAGCCACACGUCCAAGGCCUCCACCCCCUCCAGCGUCUCCGAGAAGUCCGACGUCGACGGGACCACCCUGGAGGAGGCCGAGGAGGCGACGCCCGCGCAGAAGAGGAAGGGCCGCCAGUCCAACUGGAACCCACAGCACCUGCUGAUCCUGCAGGCCCAGUUCGCCGCCAGCCUGCGGCAGACCUCGGAGGGCAAGUUCAUCAUGUCGGACCUGAGCCCCCAGGAGCGCAUGCACAUCUCCCGGUUCACGGGGCUCUCCAUGACCACCAUCAGCCACUGGCUGGCCAACGUGAAGUACCAGCUCCGAAGGACAGGCGGGACUAAGUUCCUCAAAAACCUGGACACGGGCCACCCCGUGUUCUUUUGUAAUGACUGCGCGUCACAAAUCAGGACUCCCUCCACCUACAUCAGCCACCUGGAGUCGCACCUGGGCUUCCGGCUCCGGGACUUGUCCAAACUGUCCACCGAGCAGCUGAACAGUCAGAUAGCACAAACCAAGUCGCCGUCAGAGAAGCUGAUGACGGCCUCCCCCGAGGAGGACCUGGGCACCUCCUACCAGUGCAGACUGUGCAACCGGACCUUCGCGAGCAAGCACGCCGUCAAGCUGCACCUCAGCAAAACCCACGGCAAGUCCCCGGAGGACCACCUGCUCUACGUGUCCGAGCUGGAGAAGCAGUAGCAGUGGCUUCCGGCCCAGACGACGGUGGUCUGCUCUGGGGAGGCGGCGCCCGCACGGAGGCCGCUCUGUCCCGCCGCACACAGGUUCUCGUCCUCCCGGCAGCGCGCACGGGCGGGCGGGCGGUUUCGUACGACUGUACAGUGUUGAUAGAGGUGCGCAAUCAGUGGUGGUCACUGGUAACCAGGAAGGCGACGCACAGUGCUAAGUGUUUGGAACUCUGUGUAAAUGGGAUUUAGUCGUGAGCACCGACGCUCCAAGCUGCAUGCGUAACAGACCAUUUAAUGAAGCAUUUAUACCGAAGCGCCCCUCCCUGCACCCGGAGUGCGUGCGCCGCGUUCCUCACCCUUUCAUCUUUAGCCCUCUGAGUACUUGGAAGCACUUUUGCAUUCGUUUGGUUAAAAAAAAAUAAAAUAAAAUGAUAAUAAUGUAUGAAGCUCUGUUUUGUAAACUCCUUACCAGCUUCGUUAAAAUUAAUAAUAUGAACCUCCAUUUAUGCAGAUCUGCAGGGGUAUAACACGCCUUGAAAUUUAAAAGAAUAUUAUUUUCACAUUGAAACAUAAAUGUAUAUAUUGUAUAGAUUUCAGACUCUCUUAUGAAGAAUGUGAUUGUGGUUAAAUGACCUUUUUUCCUGCAUUUAUAGCAACAGUGUUUUAUGGACCCGCUAUGCUCUGGGCAUAAGCUGUGCCUGUGUAUAGUGUAUAUUUCUGUUUCCUUUUUUAAGGUCUAUGGGUUCUGUUUUUUUACAUGCAAACAUUGUAAAUUAUACAGAAGAUGCCACAGAUAGCAUUUAUAAAGUAUACAGAAACAUUAUCUGAAAGCAAAGUAUGAUUGUUUGUUUUGCUAUACAGUACAUCUAUAUUGAUAGAGGUUCCCGUUUAAAUUAUACAUAUUUAUUAGCACCGUGUCACCACGUGUUCCGAGCGGCCUGAACCAGCGGGGCCAGCGUGACGUCCACGGCAGGCAGCAUCGUCACUAUUUUGCACAUCGUUUUUUAAAGGUAUUUAUUAGAAAUCAAAGAAUGCUCAAAAUAAACUCAGUGCUCAAAGGGUUAAGUCUAUUUGAAAAGGAAAAAAAAAGAACAAAAAGAGAGAGAGAGAGAGAGAGAGAGAGAGACUUGUACUGUAUUUCCUAAACGUUGAUAAAGCCUUUAAAUGUUUGUACUGUAAUACUUUGCUGCGGCCCCGGGGCCGCCCUCCCCGCGUACGUCUCAGCCCUCGGCUGCCAGGCCAGUGGCCGGAUGCCUUUUUGUUUCAAACGGUAACUUUCUGUUUUCUUCCCCUAAUGAUUCUCCCCAGAUCCCACACUGCAGCUUUAUCUUUAGGCUCAUGAAAGGUAACCCGUGGUUACCGCUCUCCCAGCGAUCCCGUUCUCCCCCAGUUUUGGCAGUUAAUUUGCAGCCGUAACUGACAGCUGACACCCCGUGAAAACCCGUGUAUAAAACCUCGGCAUGUACACAGCACAGCCACUUCCCACACCGUGUGCCCCGUUUCGUUGUUGACAAUGCACCACCAUUCUGUGACUCUUCACAUAACCCUUUUUCUACGGCAGCAUUAAAAUUGUCUUUUUG